CAUGGCGGCGGGGUGCUUGGGGGCGUGCUGGCGGGCGGCGCGGCGGGCGGGCGGCGUGGCCGGGCUGGUGCUGCUCUACUACGGCUUCUCCAUCGGGAUCACCUUCUACAACAAGUGGCUCAUGCGCAGCUUCUCCUUCCCGCUCUUCAUGACGCUGCUGCACCUCAUGGUCAUCUUCCUGCUCUCCGGCCUGGCGCGGAGGGGGCGGGGCCUCGGCCUAGGGGGCGGGGCCAAAGCAGGGGGAGGGGCUUCUCUGCGGGGAGGCCACGCCCCCAAGCGCGCGCCACGCCCCCUCCUGCCCUGGGAUGCUUACCUGCGCCAGGUGGGGCCUGCAGCGCUCUCCACCGCCUUGGAUGUCGGCCUCAGCAACUGGAGCUUCCUCUACAUCACGGUCUCCCUGUACACCAUGACCAAGUCCUCGGCCGUCCUCUUCAUCCUCUUCUUCUCCCUCGUCUUCAGGCUGGAAGAGCCGGUAAGGGACGCCUCUCUUUGGAUGACCCUCCAAAGGGAACGGUCAGCUUCUGGACAUGCUAUCUAUUGGGCUCGGGGUCUCAAAAGGCUUUGGCCAUGCAUUACAAUAGACACAGAGCCUCCAUAAGCAAUGGCCAGGCUCUGGACAGGUGCUACUU